AUGGAUCUAAAUACAAUCUAAAAAAAAUGCCUAAUUUUCUUAUUUACAAGAAGUAAUAUUCUCUUUGGUUUUUGUUAUUUUUAUAUAUAUUUAGCAUAGCAAUGUUUAUACAGCAUAAAAUGUAUAAAUAAUAAUAAUAAAGAAGUAAGAAAGACUAUUAUAAAACCUAAAUAAAUGUAUAAUGUUUAAAUAAGUAUAGAUUAAAUUAUGAUUGCAAUAAAAAUAAAUGUAAUACAUAUCUAUACAUUAAAUCAUGAUAAUAAAACCUAAAAAUAUUUAUGA